AUGUCGACCACACUGCACAUGCCCGCCUUUAACCCGGCUCCCUAUGGCUUGAAGGAAAAGACGGUCGAGUCUUUUGCCCCUGCAUUCACGUCCGUCAACGGCCGCUCCUCUGUAAGCCCCGUCUCCACCGACCAACAGCCCGCGAGACCUGCAGAAGCCACGCCCUGGACCCAACCACCUGACAACAGCUACCGCUCCUCCACUGACUCUGCCUCUCCCACCAUCUCCAGUGGGGAUCGCUCCCCUGAGAGCCUCAACAAGAGGAGACUCUCAGGAUUCGAUCAAGACGGCGCCCGCCCCCGUCCCAGUCCAGCCGCUACAGCCUCAGCUCCACGCCAUCUUUCCGGCCCCUACCAGCCUGCCAGCCGGGAAGAGACACCGCGAAUGGACCUUGCCCAACAGCACACCUUGGCCCCAUUGGACCGCCCGGUCGCUGAGAGGCGAUGGGCUACCGAACCUCGUGAAGUGCCCCAUAAUGGCUACCAAGAACUGCAGCAUCGUCACCCACGUUCGACAGAGUCCGUCCAGAAUGGCAUGCCACCAGUGUCGCAUGCCUCUCUGGCUUCCAUCAGCAGCCUAAAUAGCCUUGGAGAUGCAAGUACAACUGAGAUGACUCGAGCAGGCGUGCAAGUGGAACUGAAAAAGAGAAAGCGGCAAUUUGCAAACCGUACCAAAACCGGUUGUGGGACCUGUCGAAGGAGAAAGAAGAAAUGCGACGAAACCAAACCUGAAUGCAACAACUGUACACGGGGUGGCUUCAUUUGCGAAGGUUAUGCACAUAAAAUCCCGUGGCCUAAGAACGGCGUCACGAAGCCUCCUCCUCCUCCAUUACAGGCUAAAGAGCGAAUGGCCGCUGAGGGUGCAUCCGUCUACGCCAGGUGUCCGGUCUGCACUCAAAUCCACAUCCCGCACUGUGAACAGCCAGCUCGCCAGAGCAUCUAUCCGGAAAAUCAUGCACCUAGUGCAGUCGAAGGUGUCCGCAGUCGACCCAUCAACGUUGAGGAGCAUGAGCGCAAACCACCGGCGCCAAGCAGUUGGGGAAGUGGCUGGAAUGAACCUCCACCGCCCCCACCUCGUGUUUCUUAUCCCCCAGAACAACCACCUGCUCAGUACCCCCAGCCCCAAAGUGCCGCGACUCAGGAGAGACCCCCUUCUCACGAUCGCCACGUAUCGCAGACAAGCCAACCAGGCCCGCCACGUCAACACAAUCCCCGAGUAUAUCACCAUACACCGCAAAGUAUGAGCCAGGUCGUUGGUACUUCGCCCGCCGUAGCAAUUGAGCCUACAACGCACCAUCAUCAUCAGGUGGUCCAGCACCCUCGCCCGGCGCCAAUGGCGGCUCCGCCAAGUACUGCGCCGCCCGGACCGCCACCAACACACUACGCACAGCAGCCGCCAAUGCAAAAGUCGGAAAAAGACAAAAUGUUGUCUGGACAGCCCUUCCUGCCGUAUGACAGGAAGUUGGCUGAUGAGCGACACCUUUGCACCGGAGCAGUCAAUCAGUUUAACAGCACGAGUAGUGCAGCGGUGAGCAUCGCAAGGGAUGAGCGCGGGCGUCAUUUCAAGACGAUUGUCGCGGCGAGAUGGAUCCCGCCCCGCAACACCGAACGUCACAUAGGCGGCCAUCUUGGCGGCAAUGUGCACGUUACUGCCCCCUUCCAUUGUGACUAUGGCUACAACCUCUCCAUCGCCGACAACGUUGUUAUUGGGUCCCACUGCCAACUUCUCGACUCCGCUAGAAUCGCCAUUGGAAGAAAUACUAAAAUCGGCGCUCGCGUCACAAUCUCGACAAUGAAGACACCAACCGAUACCAAGUUAUUGAAAGGUAGCAAUGGCACUGAGAUUGCCCAAGAGGUCUGGAUUGGCGAAAACGUCUAUAUCGGUGAUGGCUGCAUCAUCGAAGCCGGUGUAAAGAUUGGAGACGGCGCGAUUGUGCGUGCUGGAUCUGUCGUUGUCCGCGAUUUACCCCGUGACUGUAUCGCGCAUGGGAACCCAGCAUUCGGCUAA